GGGUGCGUCGCGCGGUCACGCUGUUGGAGCUGCUGUCACGAGCCUUAUCCAAGCCGCGGAGUGGAGGCUAGAGAAUUAGAACGGACAUAAAUUAUACAGCAUAUUUUAUCAACCAACUUUAGUGCGUGAUAAAGAGAGCCGGGCUAUCAUUUCAUAUCGCUGGUUGGCUAUUAAGACCGUCUACUGUGCUAUUCCGGUCAACUGGUGAUGUAUUCCAGUAUUUGAAUGAUAUUGCUAGCCAGCUAGCUAGCUAGCUGUUAAGCUAGCUUUGCGGUGCUUGACUCGAAGUAACUUAACGUUAUAUUCUCGGGCGUUGUUUUCAUUAACACAUCUGACUGCAUUUACCUGAGAGACAUCCGAACAGCUGGUGGUCUUAACCUCAGUGUAUUGUUACUCUAGGUGUUGUGCGCGUUGCUUCUAAUCCUAGCUAAAUAGGGAUUGAAUGAAAUAACGUUAGCUUGCCAUAGCCAGCGGAAACGAGCCAGUUAACAGGGAUAACGUUAACUUAUCCUGCUGCUGGUUGAUCCACCGCCAUCCAGCUAAUCUAGCAAAUGCGAUCCGAGCUAGCCACCCACAAGCAUACAGUUACCUUGGUAGGCAACAGUCAGUCUUAAAGUUGUAGUGAACGGCAGGAACUGCGAAGUAGCUAGCUACCACUGAACGUCAAGUUGGCCAUCUUCCACUCCAGUCCAGUGUUAAAAGCUGACCGACGUCAGUUCAUUUUUACGGAUAAGGCCGGAGGGAGGACAGAAACCUGCAAAAAUGCCGGCUGUGUCGAAAGGAGAUGGAAUGCGCGGAUUAGCCGUUUUCAUUUCGGACAUUAGAAACUGUAAGAGCAAGGAAGCUGAGAUCAAGCGGAUUAAUAAAGAGCUGGCCAACAUUCGCUCCAAGUUUAAAGGGGACAAGGCUCUUGAUGGCUACAGCAAGAAGAAAUACGUCUGUAAGCUGCUCUUCAUCUUCCUGCUCGGCCAUGACAUUGACUUUGGACACAUGGAGGCAGUCAACCUGCUGAGCUCCAAUAAGUACACAGAGAAACAGAUUGGCUACCUAUUCAUCUCAGUACUGGUGAACAGCAACAGUGAGCUUAUACGUCUGAUUAACAAUGCCAUCAAGAAUGACCUGUCCAGCCGCAACCCCACCUUCAUGUGCCUGGCGCUGCAUUGUAUCGCGAAUGUGGGAAGCCGCGAGAUGGCUGAAGCCUUUGCUAGUGAGAUCCCUCGGAUCCUGGUUGCUGGUGAUACCAUGGACAGUGUGAAACAGUCAGCUGCUCUGUGUCUGCUGCGGCUCUAUAAGACCUCUCCUGACUUGGUGCUGAUGGGUGAGUGGACAUCCCGCGUGGUACACCUGCUUAACGACCAACACAUGGGUGUGGUUACAGCAGCCAUCUCUCUCAUCACCUGUCUGAGUCAGAAGAAUCCAGAUGAGUUCAAGACCUGUGUUUCCCUGGCCGUUUCCCGACUUAGUAGGAUUGUGUCGUCGGCCUCCACUGACUUACAGGAUUACACCUACUAUUUUGUCCCUGCACCAUGGCUCUCCUGCAAGCUGCUGCGCCUGUUGCAGUGCUAUCCUCCACCAGAAGAUGGUGCCGUCAAGGGCCGUUUGGUAGAGUGUCUGGAAACCAUCCUUAAUAAGGCCCAGGAGCCACCAAAGUCCAAGAAGGUGCAGCAUUCCAAUGCCAAGAAUGCUAUCUUGUUUGAGGCUAUCUCACUGAUAAUCCACUACGACAGUGAGCCAAACCUGCUGGUACGGGCCUGUAAUCAGCUGGGCCAGUUCCUGCAGCACAGAGAGACUAACCUGCGCUACCUGGCUCUGGAGAGCAUGUGUACUCUGGCCAGCUCUGAGUUUUCCCAUGAAGCCGUCAAGACACACAUCGAGACCGUCAUCAACGCCCUCAAGACGGAGAGGGAUGUAAGUGUUCGACAGAGGGCAGCUGAUCUGCUGUAUGCCAUGUGUGAUCGGAGCAACGCCAAGCAGAUUGUAGCCGAGAUGCUCAGCUACCUUGAGACGGCAGACUACUCCAUCAGAGAGGAGAUGGUGCUGAAAGUGGCCAUACUUGCAGAGAAGUAUGCUGUGGAUUAUUCCUGGUACGUGGACACCAUUCUUAACCUCAUCCGCAUUGCUGGAGACUAUGUCAGCGAAGAGGUGUGGUAUCGCGUCAUUCAGAUAGUCAUCAACCGAGAUGAUGUGCAGGGCUACGCCGCCAAGACAGUCUUUGAGGCCCUGCAGGCCCCUGCCUGCCAUGAGAACAUGGUGAAGGUUGGAGGCUACAUUCUGGGAGAGUUUGGUAACCUCAUUGCUGGUGACCCGCGCUCCAGUCCCCUGGUCCAGUUCAACCUUCUCCACUCCAAGUUCCAUCUGUGCUCUGUGCCGACUCGUGCCCUGCUGCUGUCAGCAUACAUCAAGUUUAUCAACCUGUUCCCAGAGACCAAGGCUACCAUCCAAGAGGUGCUGCGCUGCGACAGCCAGAUCCGCAAUUCGGAUGUGGAGUUGCAGCAGCGUGCUGUAGAGUAUCUCAAGCUCUCGUCCAUCGCUAGUACCGAUGUUCUGGCCACUGUCCUGGAGGAGAUGCCUCCCUUCCCAGAGAGGGAGUCGUCAAUCCUGGCUAAGUUGAAGAAGAAGAAGGGGCCCGGUGCUGUGUCUGUGACAGAGCUGGAAGACAGCAAAAGGGAGGGCGGGGAGUUAAAUGGAGGGGGCGACCGGGGGCCAGACACAGCAGCAAUGGCUGCCUCCAAUGCUUCCACCCCAUCACCAUCAGCAGACCUUCUCGGGAUUCGUUCUGCUGCUCCCGCCAGUGCUGCCCCAACCAGUGCUGGCAGCCUAUUGGUGGAUGUGUUCUCUGAGGCAGGUCCUGCCGCUCCUUCUGCUGCUGUGAACGACGACGGCUUCCUAAGAGAGCUGGAACAGCCCACCGAGACCUCUGACUCCCUAUUGGUGGAGGGUUCUGGUGACUCGGACUCUGCUCCUCCCUCUGAGGAUCCUGCUCCUCCCCUGUCUGAGGCAGACGAACUUCUUAACAAGUUUGUGUGCAAGAACAACGGGGUUCUGUUUGAGAAUCAGCUGCUGCAGAUUGGCAUCAAGUCAGAGUAUCGUCAGAAUCUGGGGAGAAUGUACUUAUUUUACGGUAACAAGACGUCAGUGCAGUUUGCCAGCUUCACCACCACAGUCAGCUGUCCUGGAGAGCUGCAGACUCAGCUCAACGUUCAGACCAAACCAGUGGAACCACUGGUAGAGGGUGGAGCCCAAAUCCAACAGGUCCUCAACAUAGAGUGUCUGACUGACUUCUCUGAUGCCCCGCUGCUUAACAUCAAAUUCAGAUAUGGUGGAGCGCUGCAGAAUCUGACCCUGAAGCUGCCUGUCACUAUCAACAAGUUCUUCCAGCCAACUGAGAUGUCCUCACAUGACUUCUUCCAGCGCUGGAAACAGCUUAGCCAGCCUCAGCAAGAAGCCCAAAAGAUAUUCAAGGCUAACCACAGCAUGGACACUGAAGUACUUAAGGCUAAGCUACUGGGACUAGGAACGGCCCUGCUGGACAACGUCGAUCCAAACCCAGAGAACUACGUGUGUGCUGGAGUGAUCCAGACUAAAGGCCAGCAGGUCGGCUGUCUGCUAAGACUGGAGCCAAAUGCCCAGGCACAGAUGUACCGGCUGACUCUCCGCUGCAGCAAGGACUCUGUGUCCAGGCGUCUCUGCGAGUUGCUGGCCCAACAGUUCUAGAGUCCAGACCUCUACCGUAACCAGUACUCCCACCAUCCCCACCAGCGACCUCUCCCUCAAGCCCUUCUGCCACACCUCUCCUCCCUCCAACAGAGAAUCUUUGACUAAAAAAAGGUGUAAUCUACAUAAGGGAAAAAGCAGCCACUGCGAACAGCAGCGGUGAUAUUCUUGUCAUUCUUAUUGUCCCAGAUUUAGAUUCCAAUUCAUCUUCUACGUGUUUAUUAACAUGAUGCUACAUUCUUGUUUUUGUUGGUGUUUACCUGUGUAGCUGGUGCCUGCAUGGCCUGGUGUGUGUGUGUGUGUGUGUGUGUGUGUGUGUGUGUGUGUGUGUGUGUGUGUGUGUGUGUGUGUGUGUGUGUGUGUGUGUCCCAGUCCCAUGGUUGUGCUGGGGUCCCAUUCUGCUCCAUCCUGACUGUUCCAUAGUACUGUUGGUGUGUGUGUGUGUGAGAGAGAUAGAGAGGGAGAGAGAGGCUUAUUUUGGAUUGGAAUAGCAAUGGGUGACACUGUUUAUUACACACAUACCCUGAUACACACACAUACACACAUUGGUAUAAGGCCUCCGUGAUUUUUUGUGGUUCUGGUGGGAUCCACAAAUGAAGUGAGACCUGAGGGUCCAGAACUCUGAUCUCUGCCUCUUCUGCCUGCUCAUUUCCGUCUACCAUUCCCAGUCAAAAUGCACUUAAGGCCCUUGGAUCUUCUUUGAGACCCUCCAGCAUGAGCCACCUUACGUUCCCCCCUGAAUGACCUGAUUCCUCGCCUGAAGCCCUGUAAGGAGUAGCCUUUCAUCUCAAACAGCUAGUCCACUCGUUUAUAUUUUGAUGUGUAUGUAAAUAUGUGCCAGUGUAUUCUUUAUUGCUUUCUGAGACAUUCCCAUCAUGCUUGUGUAGAGCGCCAGUGACUAACCCAAGCCAUUCAAGUAGAGGGAUAGCACAGAAUGGACACUAUGUAGGUGAUGGGUACAGGGAUGAGACUUACAGUGUUAAAACAGUCUUUUAGAUCUUGGAGUCGGUCUCAUCCAGUGCCUGGGAGACGUUUCCAGGUGCUUGUCAUUGAAAAGCUUAAGGCAGUGUCUGUUAGAUGCUCUUUAUUGGAGGUGAGGAAGUUUAUCAGAUGUACUCUUUGCAAGCCAACCGCAUAGUUCUUCAUCACUGUGGUCUUCUCAUGUAAAACUCUUUUUGAAAACACAUCUGAUAAAACAUAAAUCUAACCUUUGUGCGGCCCAUCUUAGGAAGUUUACAAGUUUAUCAUGUUCAACGGUGGAAUAUGUUUUUUUAUUGUAAAUGUUUUCAAGCAGCAUGCUUUAGUUUGACAAGAGAGAAGAAUUCACUGCUGAUGACUCACUGGUUAUUUGGCCAAAGGGUCAAAGGGAUAGUUCAGAUUUUGCCCCCAGUUUGGAGAAGAAGGCUGGAGUCCAACACCAAAGCUAAGCAAUGUACUGCUGCGGAGGGUUCAGCAACAAAACAUAUUUUAGCCACCAAAAAAAGCAAUAUCAGUUUGAGUGUAUGCUUUAUCUAGAAUAAUUUUACUGUUUUUCCUCUAUGUCAGGGAGGGAUUUCCAACGGGAAAAUGAAGAUAAUAUAUUGCUCUCUUCAAAGCCAGACUCCAUUGGAAAAAAAAGAGGGAUUAACAUUGCUGAACACAGGAGCUGCUGGUCUACCACUGCCUCAAACUGUUAUUUUCUUUGUGAUACUGUGUGAAUUUGGUGUUUUAAAGAGUUACUUCAGAUUCACCAAAGUCACACAGUAACACUUAAAACAGUAAAUUACUGUUUUCUCAGUGGAGUCUGGUAGCUUUCACAAGAGUAUAGAUGAGUAACUGAAGCUGUUAAUGGCUUCCCUAUCAGAACAGCCUGUCUGAUGGAAAGGUAAAUAGGUGAAAAUUCUAAAUAUAGUGUCGCUAAAUCUGAUAUUGAUUUUUCUAUGUGGCUAAAAUAGGUUUUGUUGCUGGCCCCUCCACAGCUGUACAUUGCUGAGCUUCCAUGUCAGACUCCAGCCUGCUUCUCCAAACUGGAUGACUGUAUCUCAGAGCCAUCAUGGCUCCACAGGACCCUGGGACUGGUUUGGGCUGCUGCUUUGCUGUCUGUAUGUGUCAAAUUGAUUUUCUUGAUGAAGAAGCGCACUGCCUGAUCUAUGAUUAGAACAUAGCACUGAUAGAUGCACCAUAAUCACUUGAAGGAUAUAAGUGUUUUGUAGUCAGGCAGUUAUGCUCUGAACAGAUGGUGCUGCAGCAGCUAAAUCCAGAACCAACAUAUAUCUGAGCUAGUUCCAUCCCAGUCUGGACACACAUCAGUCUAAUAUAUGUAUGUAUACGGUCUUGUUCCUGCUUCUACAGCCAAGCAUUUUAAGAGUAGAUCAAUGCCAACAAAUCAAAUGUGUACACAACCACUACAGUAAAUAUUUAGAGAACACAGAGAUGUUCAGUAACCUCAAAAUGUUUGGAUUUGUGCGUCCACAGCUUUCUCAUGCUUUCCAGGUUUCCUCUCACGCACAAGCACUGAUAUUGUGGGAGAGGACAGGAUGUAAGACACCCAGAUGUCCAUUACAACUACAGGGGACUCAGUGUAUAUGUGUGUGUGAAUGUGAGUGUGGCUGUAAGCAGGUUUAAAAAAAAAGAAAGAAAAAAAAAGAAAAAAGCUUAAAGGCAUUUCUUAUACAUCGUCACAUUACAUUCUGUGGCUGCACGGCAAUCACAGGACAUUGAACUUUGUAGUGGAAAAUGUAGUCAUUUUGUCAUUCUGUGAGUGUGUGUGUGUGUGUAUGCAGUAUCCACUAGCUAAUGCAGCCUCAUGUAUCGGUGUUAAGAACCUGUCAAAUACCUGUGUUAGAAUUAAGAUUUACUCUGUAAUGAAGAAAUGUGAAAGUAAAACUAUGCCAUAUAUCCGA